CCGCUCCGUUCAUUUUGUCAUCGCCCACGUCCCACGUCGCCUGUCGGGCGCAGCGCUCUUUGCGAGCGUCAAAGACGAUUGGAGAACGAGAACGGGCAUUGGACGACGACGUCGUGGUAAGGAAAAUUUUUAGGAGAAGGGACGAGUUUCCCACCACGUUAUUGAUGGAUGCUGAUGAGUGCGGGUGCGAGAGUGACCGCCUCCCAUAAUUACGAAGCUGCUCUGCGAUCAUUUCGCGGUUAGUCUGAAUCAUUGCCUAACCAUCGCAGCAUUUCGCUGAAGAUCAUAAUAGGAGUACGAGGAGAAGAGAGGAACGGAAGGAGACGACGACAACGACGUUGGAGACAGCAGAGGCGAAAGACAUCGAGCAGCAGUAGCGGCGGCGGCGGCGGUGGCGAACACGCAAUUGUGCGUGUUACCUCUCCGCCGGAGAUUGUUACGAAAUCGAAGAGAGAGAAGGAAAGUACGAUUUCGCGCUCGACAUAGUCAUGCCUUGACUAUCUCGUAAGCUCCCGCGCGAUUCUCAUCCGUUUCACGACCAUCGCACGAAAUUUGUCCGCGCGUAAAAUUUCUGCGCAUCUCCGUUCUUCUCUCGGGGCAAGUAUCUCGUACGCAGUAAGCAUUUAUCGCGAGAGCUAGAGCCGAUGAGCAGAUCGGCACCGCGGCGAAUUACGAACUACGUUUCAUAAGAAUUGAGAGUUUAACAUCGUUAUAAAGUAUGUCGUUGUGGGAGAGAGCACAACAAUUGCCAGAAGAAUUACUCGAAGAGAUACGCUCUGUGUAUACAGACAACACAUUUCCGAUUGAAGUGAGACAUUUCUUAUCAUCAUGGAUAGAAGAAAAAUUAUUGAAUAUAGAAUCGCAUAUACAUAAUGAGCAAUAUAUAUCUGAACUUAUUGCAUCUUUGAUACAAGAGUUAGAAACAAAAGCAAAUAGUAUACACAAUGGAGAUUUGUUUUUGAUAAAAUUAAAGUUGAUAGAGACUGCUAAAAUAUUUCGUCAAAAAUAUAGUGAAGAUCCACUGAGGCUGUUUCUUACAAUUAAGUUCUGCUUAGAUACGGAAAUGAAACUUGUGGCACGAGCUGAAAACUUAGGAAAUACACAUACAUUUAUGAAUAAUGAUAAGAUGAAUAUAGUAAUAAACGAUUCGCUCACACAAAUAAAAGAACAGUUCGGAAGUUUACGGCAAAAUGUAUGCGAAAAUGCGACUUUUGUACGAAGGAUUGAAGAAGAACAAGAAGCUUUUGCUAUCCUUUAUCAUGACUGUACAAAGUUAAACGCUACUUUACAGCAGAUCUCUACUUCGCAGUCACAUAAUCACCAAAGUAUGGAAAUCGAGAAAAAACUCAAAAGACAAAAACAAGACGGGGAGAUGACAUUGACUAACAAAGUAGCUUGUGUAGUACACUUGCGUGUGCAAUCUAUUGAUAGAAUGAAAGAUACCAUUACUAAACUGAGUAUAUUACAAUCGAGAAUUCUCGAUGAGGAACUUAUCAGUUGGAAGAGAGAUCAACAGUUAGCGGGUAAUGGGGUAAAUUUUUCUGGUAAUUUGGACGUUAUUCAGAAUUGGUGCGAAAAUCUCGCUGAUGUAAUCUGGUCGACUCGGCAACACAUCAAAGAUGGGGAACGUCUAAAGGAAAAGUUCCAGCCGUUUGAAGGGAAUUCGAUGCUGCCGAAUAUGUAUCCAACUUUAAAUACCCAAAUUACGCAAUUAAUCAGUUCGUUGGUUACAAGUACUUUUAUCAUUGAGAAACAACCGCCGCAAGUCAUGAAGACCAAUACUCGUUUUACGAGCACGGUACGCCUUCUCGUUGGCACUAAAUUGAAUGUUCACAUGACACCGCCGCAAGUAAAAGCGAGCAUAAUUAGCGAAUCGCAAGCGAAUGCUUUACUGAAGAAUGACAAAAUGAAGAAUAGUGAAGUCAGCGGCGAAAUUUUAAAUAACACUGGCUCGAUGGAAUUUCAUCAGACGGUUGGACAACUAUCGGUGAGCUUUCGCAACAUGCAGUUGAAGAAGAUUAAACGAGCCGAGAAAAAGGGCACAGAAUCCGUCAUGGAUGAAAAAUUCUCGUUACUUUUCCAAUCGACAUUCGCUGUCGGCGGCGGCGAAUUAGUAUUCCAUGUUUGGACCCUGAGCCUGCCCGUAGUCGUAAUUGUACACGGGAAUCAAGAACCGCAUGCUUGGGCCACAGUUACUUGGGAUAAUGCUUUCUCUGAAGCAGGGAGAGUGCCGUUUCUCGUACCUGAUAAAGUACUAUGGCGACAAGUAGCGGAAGCCCUAAACAUGAAAUUUCGCGCGGCUACUGGUCGCGCUUUGACUCCGGACCAUCUCAGAUUUCUUGCGGAGAAAGCAUUCCGUGGUACUGUACCGCAAGAUUAUUCGAAUACACCGCUGAGCUGGGCACAAUUCUGUAAGGAACCAUUGCCCGAGAGAAGCUUCACGUUUUGGGAAUGGUUCUAUGCUAUCAUGAAGUUGACCAGGGAACAUUUAAAAAAUCCAUGGGUGGAUGGAUGCAUUCUUGGAUUCGUCCGGAAGAAGCAAGCGGAAGAGAUACUGGCAAACUGUCAGGCAGGCACCUUCUUGAUGCGAUUUUCCGAUUCUGAACUCGGUGGUAUUACUAUCGCAUGGGUUGGAGAGCAAAAGGAUCAAGUUUUUAUGUUGCAGCCAUUUACAGGCAAAGAUUUCGCCAUUCGUAGCUUGGCCGACCGCAUUUACGAUUUACAACACUUGUUAUAUCUUUAUCCAAAUCUAAAUAAAGAUCAGGUUUUUUCCAAAUACUGUACACCAGUUAGUGAGCAAGCAUCGACGAAUGGGUAUAUCAAGCCACAAUUAGUAACGCAGGUACCAGCUUGGAGCACGCCCGGCUUCGGUGGUCAAACGCCGUCUCAUUCCUCCGUAGGGGGGAUAAAUAACAACAGCCAAGCUGCACCAAGCGGAAGCUAUCCCGCCACUCCGCAGACCAUAUUUCAAACGCACAGCCCCGAUCCUUCUGUAAGGGACACGCCGUCUGUAGCAUCAAGUUACGCUCCGGGUCUCGGCCAGUCAAGCAUCGGACAACCAAGCUCGGACUUGGACAUGGAACUGAUGCAGCCGAUCGAUGAAAAUCUCAACCUGGACCAAUUGCAGAACUUCAACUUCAACUUGCAGGACUUCACCGACGUAUCGACGUACAACGCUAUCAAGCCACAAUAAAAGGUAUGCGAAUGAUAAUCGUCAUAAAGCCCGAUGUUGAUCUUUAUCUUUCUUCGAUCUCUGUCAGUUUUACGUUCUACACAAAUUGGCGAAACAACAGCAUAUAUAUAUAUUAUACAAUGAUACGUGAAUUAUUAUUUAAUACAGGGAGGGAAUUAAUGUAUCUUAAAGUGAAAUAUGUAAACUAUAUUUUUUUCUCCUUUUUUUUUUUAUAAGAACAAUUCGUACUCAUAUACACACAAACAUAAUUACGAAAGAAUUAGCUUUCUUACAUCUUUAGAAAAUUGUAAAAAAAAAAAAUUGUAAGAGUUGUUAUGAGAACCUCGCUAUUCUCAAUCGUCUUCUUUAUUCUGAAUUUCGCAUCAUUUUGAAUAAUUUAGAAUUUUCCUUUUGCGCUAUUCCCCUAUUACUCAUUCGUCAUCUAAUUAUGCGUAGAGUGAGAAAGCGAGUGAAAGAUAAAAUGCGGAGCGAUGGUAUUUUCGUUCCGUACAUGUGCCAUUAGAGUGGGAGAAUUGAGGGAAGAUUUCAAAAUAAAAGAAGAAUUCGAUCAUUCCAGAAUUAGAAGGGUGUUAUAUUACACAUGCAUAUAUCUAUAUCUAUAUAUACAGUGGGAGACUCCCGGUUGUAGAUACGAUUCUUGAUUCCAUUGUAAGCAAACGAACCUGCGGUUCCUGACAGAGCGAUUCUAAAGCUUCAGCCGAUUAUUUGAUUUAAACGAUUAAGCUUUGAUGCUGACAAAGAGCAAUUCCUGGAGAACAAGUCCGGUGUCUUAUUAGUGAAAAAUAGCUGAGCAAUGUAUGCUUACAAUCGGGAAUCACUGUAUAUACAUUUAUAUAAAAUAGUAAUAUAUAUCUGUUGAUCAUGCACACAAAUCGCGCCUAAGUGUAAUAAAGUUUGAGAAUAUCUGCACAAAACAUGCUGAUACGCGUGAAAAUAUCUUCGCGCGUAAUUAUUUUUACACAAUAUUUUGUGUUGGGAUGAAAAUCUUGUGUGAAUUCUUCCCUCUUUGUAAAUAUAACUUUUUGAAUCGAAAAACGGAGAACCCUUCGACGUUCGGUCAAUGCUUUUUUUCUACUCCUCUUCUAAUCUUUUAUUUCUUACACAUUUACAUAUAAUGAAUUUAUACUAGUGAGAAAGCGACACCAAAAAUUACUUCUUUGUGUUCGCACUACAGUUGAUGUUUUGAUGAUAUUUUAUCGAAUCUUUGUUUUUUCUUACGUUCUUCAUGUCUCCUUCAACUUUAUCAUUUAACGACUUUAUUUUAAAUUCUUGUAGGAUAUAAAGAAAUCUACGUACAAAGAUUGUUAUUAUCUAUGACAUAGCGUUAAGAGGGCUCUUGUAAUUAUAAAUAUAAUUACACACCUUAUAUAUAAGAAUAGAAAUUUAAUUCAUAUCUAUACAUUGUAUGACAUAUAUAUAUAUAUAUAUAUAAAUUCAUGUAUAUAUAAGAAUUAUUUUUAUUAAAUGCUUAUAUCAUUUUGUAGAAAAAAUGUUAGCGGAUAAUCUGUGAAAUGUGCUCAUUUUUUCUUCUUUUUUUAAUGUUUAAUGAUAAUUCAAAAAAUAUUUGAUAGUCGCAAAUUGAUUUUUUACACUUUUAGAGAACACUAUAUAAAAGAAAAUAAUGUUAUUAUUACCUUCAAAUUUAAAAAUACGUUUAGAAGAAUUAGAUAUAGAAGCUAGAUAUUCACCGAAGAGAUUUUGAGAGUACAAGAAAUGUUAAUUAAAGAAAUAGACAAUCAUCUUCAUAUACAUAUACAUGAUCGCAUAGUCAAGUUACAAUUGAAUGUGUGGAUUUUUGGAAAAAGAUAUUGAAUGAAAAGAAAAAUCCAGUUAAAAAGCUCUAGUUGCAUUCGAUUUGAGUUUUAGGAAAAGAUCAGAUCAAAUCGCGAAGAAUGCAUUAUAAUAAUGUGACAAUUUGAUAUGAUCUUUUAAGUGCUUUAUAGUUUUUUAAACCUUGUAUUCUUAAAUUUUUCGAUAAGUUCUAGCGAAUUUAAGAAAAUAAGUUGUAACAAUUUUUUAAUUAGUUUUUAUUUUAUACCUUAAGCGUUAUCCCCGCAAUAUUAGAUUUUUAUAUAUACAUAUAUGAUCUUCCGAAAAGAUGACUUUUCGCGGAAAUUCAUAUAUGCGUUAUUUAGCAGAUAAUCUAAUUUUUAGAGCAGAAAGAGAGAAUGUAUAAAGAGAGAGUAAGGAGAUGUAUACAGAGCAGAUCCAACUUUAGACACGCACGUAUACAUUGUAAGCUUAAAGUUAACUUACUAUGGUCUAUUUUCUUCCCUUAUAUAUAUAUGUCUUAUGCAUAUAUUAACAGAAAAUCUGUCAAUUAUUAUAUAUGUAUCCAUAAUGUAAAACACAAAUCCGUCGCGAAUAGGAAUACACACACAACGUUAUCUUUAUAUUAUUAUAUAUGUACAAGAAUGUGUGUUUUGAGUAAAUAUAGACAUUAUCAUUGUC